CUUUGAACGGACGGCCGCUUCAUCUAGCCAUUUUCUCGAACUUGAAAAAAUAUAUCGGUAUUUAUGGGCCAUCUCUCAGCGCCCUGUACCCCACCAGGAGAUUUUUUUUAUUUUUUAUAACAUAAUGGUGGCAACUGUCUUGUAAACAGCGAAGGCUUCCGACUACUCCUAUCGGGCUGUGUGACAAAAGCUGAAUAUUUCGCUAAUCCUGCCUGGAUCAUUGCGUGGCUGCAACCCAGGUCCCCGCCUUUGAAGUCAUUUCUUAUUAUCACUGCGAAUAAGGAAGAUGUACCCCGUUAGCAGAGGGAAACUUGAGAUAUGUAGCCAACAAGGAAAGACCUGCUGGGAAGAAUUUUAUCUUGUAACAAUACUGACCAUUGGCAAGAUUCAAGAUGGAGCAAAGUCAAAAUACAUCGGGUAUGAUGUGGUACAACUGCAAUACAGUUGAUGGCUUUAUUACCUCAAAUGCACCAGUUCAAGUUGAAAUAGGCACUGUUGAUAUUGCAAGACAAAUCAAUCAGCAAGUGCAGUUGCAGUAUGGGAGUCUUCAAGCAGUUCCUGCCCAGCCUCAACAUCAGAUCAUUGUGGCCCAUCAUCCACAGCACCAUCCUCCUCCUCCAACACCUGAACCUCCUGUUACUCCCAAACCACCCAAACCUCGUGCCAGGCCAGCAAAUGGUGAGCGGGUUCCGUGUGCAGAGUGUGGAAAGACAUUCUCCUGUAAUGCCAAUUUGCGAGAUCACAUGAGGUUGCAUACUGGUGAGAGACCAUUUAGCUGUAGUGAGUGUGGAAUGUCAUUUGCUCAGCGUUCUAAUUGGAGGUUACAUAAACGUGUUCAUACGGGGGAGAGACCUUACAUGUGUGGCAUAUGUGGAAAAACUUUCUCGCGUAGCUCCCAUUUACCAGGUCACAUGAGAGUUCAUACAGGGGAAAGACCAUAUUCCUGUGAACAUUGUGACCAUGCUUUUGCAUCUGCUCAAGCACUUAAAAAUCAUGCUCGUACUCAUACUGGAGAGAAGCCAUUUGUAUGUGAAUAUUGUCAGACUGCUUUCACACACAGUUCAUCGUUAUCUUCACAUAAGAAAAGGUGUACUGGUGAAAAGAGAAAACGUGGUAGACCAUUAGGAAGUGGUAGAAAAGCUUACCGGAAAAAACCCACUGGAAGACCUCGGGGAAGACCAAGGAAGAAAGUCAGGUAUGGAAAGAGAGGUCGAAGGAAGAAUCCUGUAAAUGAAGAUGCAGCCAUAGAUUCAAAAGAAGGAGCAAAAACACUGAUUAAGGCUGAGAUCCAUGCUGACAGCAAUGACGAUGCUCAAGGGGCUGGACAACCAACCAUUCAGGCAAAGGAAGAGCUUGAAGAAAUACCAACUGUUGAAAUUGAUCCAGAGUCCAUAAAUGUGGAGCAUGGUGCUUUGGAUACUGAUCCAUUAGCACUAGAUGAAACAAUGUCACAUGAGGAGGUUCUUAAUCAAGAAAGUAUACCUCAGGAAAACCAUCUCACCCAUGAAAUGGUGCGAGCUGAAGAAGUAGUGUCUGUUGCAGUGGCGUCAGCUGGACUAGAGGAAACGACUGAUUUGCAUCAAGAGGCAGCAGUUGCUAUGGCUGCAUUGCAUGAGGGAGCAGCACUUAACUUAGCUCAUCACCAGCUGCCUCAAGAAUCCUAUGUUGAAAGAGAUGCUUCUCAUACUAUGUGGUACCCAAAACAACCUUAUUAAGUUGUGUGAUUGUCUUAUGCAGAUAUCUUCAACAUAAUUUUUUCCCCCCAACUUAAUCUUUUCUUUUCAUUUAGUAAUUUUCACCUUGAAUAAUAGAUAUUGGCAUGAUUUCUUUCACUGACCCAUAUCCCACAAUGUGGUGGUAAUGACCAAACAUGAAGUGGUCGUGGAAUUCCAGAAAAAAAAAAAAUGUCAUUUAGUGUAUGAUUCACUGUUCCAUAUGGAACACAUGGUUUUACUUUUAAUAUUAUUUUUGUACUGAACUAAUAACUGCUUAUGUAUUUUGUAGGCAAGUUUCACAAUGAACAUCAGGAGGAAAUGCCUUGUAAAUCGUUGAACUUUUAUAGAACUUUAUAUGUAUAUAUAUAUGUAUAUUUUUUUGUGAUCCUUGUAAAGCUUGAAAGAAAGAAAAAAUUGUUAUAUGAUUUAUGCAAGUUCAUUACUUCCACAUUGUGAAACUAUUGCUCGUUCAGUUAUUUUAGUAUAUAAGAAAGGCAAAUAAGAUUUUACUCCUGACCAAUCAACUGUUGUACAGUGAGGAAAAAGAUAUUGGAUUUAGUUGAAUUGUAGUAAAUCACUUCUUAUAUGCGGUCCUCAUCAUAACAAUUACUGUUAAAUAUUGAUAUUUCAGAUAUACAAAAGGUUAUUGUUUAAAAGCUGAAUAUGUAGUUUCUCACUUCUGUCAUAAUAAAUCUUGAGAAUUUUU